UAAAAUGCCACGUUGGUGAAUGGGCACCACUCUCCUGCUGGACCUCCAUGAACCUUGGCUACCGCUGGAUCCCUGGACUCUGUGUGUGUGUGUGUAUGUGUGUGUGCGUACGUGUGUGUGAGAGGAAGUGGCUGCACGACGGAGUGUGAGGGAUUCCGUCCUCGAGUUCAGGAUUGUUAGCGGGGUGUGUGUGUAAGGGCGUGUGAUGGAUCCCCUGGACCCCACUGUUGUCACCCCCAUUCUUUUCAUUGCGGCGCACUUCCUCACGGCAGCUGGGGUGUGGCUGUACCGCAGACGUCGAGCUCGCCACGCAGAUGAACGAGACCGGGUGCAGAAGAAGACCUUCACUAAAUGGGUCAACAAACACCUGAUAAAGGUUCGUAAGCACAUCACAGACCUGUACGAGGAUCUGAGAGAUGGACACAACCUCAUCUCACUACUGGAGGUGCUGUCAGGAGUCACACUGCGUAAGGGUGUGUCCACGAUGAGGAGAGUGUGUGUGUCGCGCGCCCCCCCGCUCAUUCUGACGGGGGGCGAGGAGGAGGAUGGAGACCAGGGAAAUGUGCAGAUCGCCCUGGACUUCCUCAAACAGAGACAGGUCAAGCUAGUGAACAUCCGUAACGAUGACAUCACAGACGGGAACCCCAAACUCACACUGGGCCUCAUCUGGACCAUCAUCCUUCACUUCCAGUCAGAGAUGAUGGACCAGACGCUCAGUCUGGUCACUGAGCACAUAAUUUACUGGAAAUAG